UGGGGGGGGUGGGGGGUGAAAAGGAUGUGAAAAAAAAUUCUUCCUGGUUGGAGGUGGUCCCUGGCUGCUCAGUUGGACAACUUGGUUGGUCGAACGCGGGUUUUUCUGCCGUUUAGCCGAGCUUUUCGCCUACAAAACGCACCGUUGCUACACGGUGAGAAUGGCCACUAAGGAUUAUGCUGUGCUCCACACUGGACAGAAGAUGCCUCUGAUUGGUCUUGGGACUUGGAAAAGUGAACCUGGCCAGGUGCAAGAAGCUCUUCAGCAUUCCUUGGAGAUUGGUUAUCGUCACAUAGACUGUGCUGCAGUGUACAACAAUGAAGCUGAAAUUGGACAUACUUUGCAAGAGAAAGUUGGUAUUGAUAAGCCUGUAAGCCGAGAGGAUAUUUUUGUGACCUCCAAGUUGUGGAACACCAAGCAUCAUCCUGAAGAUGUGGAACCUUCGUGUCGUAAAUCCCUGAAGGAUCUGAAGCUUACUUACCUGGAUUUGUACCUAAUUCAUUGGCCACAUGGAUUUGAACGAGGUGAUAUUGCCUUCCCCAAAAAUCCUGACGAUACAAUGCGUUAUGAUUAUGUUGAUUAUAAGGAAACAUGGAAAGCUAUGGAGAAACUAGUAGACAAAGGCCUUGUGAAAGCUAUUGGACUUUCAAACUUUAACAGCCGACAGAUUGAUGACAUUAUCAACAUAGCUACAAUCAAACCUGCAGUAUUGCAGGUUGAAUGUCAUCCAUACUUGGCCCAGAAUGAAUUGAUUGCACACUGCCAGAAACGUGGGUUAGUGGUGACUGCAUACAGUCCUCUUGGUUCCCCUGAUCGGAUGUGGAGAAAAGCAGAUGAGCCUGUGUUGCUUGAGGAGCCCAGCAUUGUAUCUCUGGGAAAGAAAUAUGGGAAAUCACCUGCUCAAGUUGUUCUCAGGUGGCAGGUGCAGCGUGGAGUGAUUGCCAUUCCCAAAAGCGUCAAUCCAGCCCGAAUUGCACAGAAUAUCCAAGUGUUUGAUUUCACUCUAACUGAGGAUGAAAUAAAAAUAAUUGAAAGCUUGGACAGGAACUGGCGAUAUAUUGUUCCACUGAUCACAGUUGAUGGCAAAUCUGUACCCAGAGAUGCUGCCCAUCCACUUUACCCCUUCAAUGAUGCCUAUUAGUGAUUAGCUGGAUGACCAUAUGCCUCGUCUCUGUGCAUUGUUACCAACCUCUUGAAACGUUUACUGCGUAAUCCCAUUUAAAGAAAUUUGUAAUGGAUUGUAUUACAUUAUUUGUAUGCUUUUGUUAUUGAUGUACCAGUAUACCUACUAAUUCAUUUGAAAGCAAGGGAUGAUUCUCUAAUAUUCAGUAAAUAAUCGAUUUUGGUGAGUGAGCACAUCCAAUUCUCUGCUGUGUGGUAAUUUUACUGACAAUUAAAGACCUUUUCCUCCCUCCCCCACUACCCUCUCUUCCCCCCCCACAUACAUUUGAAACCAAAUUGAGGUGAAACUGAUUUCCAAUUACUCACACUUAACAGAGUCUUUUCCCCCUCCCCUUUUGUCCAAAUUUCACAAAGAUAAAUCUAAAUAAUUUGAGGUUUGCCCUUGUACUAAGAAAUGAUUUUCUCUGGCAGACCAUGAUACAGUUGUCCUUAGGACAUGAAUAAAGGUUCAAUGGGUCCAGAUACUUUUAUGACAUCACAAAAUUAAAUUUUAACUUCUUGCUCAGGUUCUAAUAUACAUUAUGGCCUUAACUUGCUUAACAGGAGUGCCAAACAGGCUUAUUUAAAGACUCUGACUAUUCUGAUUAGCUGUGUCUUACCACUUAAGGUGAAUUACAACAUAAGAACAAGAAUACACCAUUCAGCCCCUCAAGCCUUUUCUGCCAUUCUAUUAGAUCAUGGCUGAUCUGUACCUCAAUUUUACAACUAUAAAAUGAUCUCAACUCCAAUUGUACAACCUUGGCAGCUCAGUUGAGUGCCAAUAUUACCAGAGGUUUUCUAGACAUGUGCACAGCGGAAUUAGGGGACGGGAUUGGGAAGAUGUCACCACAUUACCAUUGAAAUGGUUGAGUGCUCUAGUUGCUGCAACAUUACAAUAAGUAAUCGCUGGAAAUCUCAAAUAAGACAGUUGUUUCUAGAUUAAAAGUAAAGCUUCUGAUAGUCAUUCUGACCAAUGUCUCUUGAUAAGUUUAAUAUUGAAUUUUGCCUGAAAUAUUCCUUUAAAAAGUGGCUAUAAAAAUAAAGUAUAUUUUCAAUGUGAUGAUUAAUGGAUGGUGGGUUAUAUCAAAAAAAUCUUGAUUAUCCUUCUGCUUUAUAUUACAAAUGUAUAAACACUAGAUGCUUGUCAAGUCUCAUGGUUGUAAAAAUGGCAUUAAUAAAUUCCAGAGCUUUAUUUGUUCUGUUCUUGGUU